CUCCGAUCAUAUCAUGGCCGACUCUCGCUACAACCAACGCGGCGUGUCCGCUGGCAAGGAAGAUGUGCACAAUGCCAUCAAGAACGUGGACAAGGGACUGUUUCCUCAAGCCUUUUGCAAGGUCGUGCCGGACUACCUCUCUGGCGACGAAGACUACUGCAUCGUCAUGCAUGCCGACGGCGCUGGCACCAAGUCUGCGUUGGCGUACAUGUACUGGAAGAAGACGGGUGACUUGAGCGUGUGGAAAGGCAUUGCCCAAGACGCGUUGAUCAUGAACAUCGACGAUCUCUUGUGCGUGGGCGCCACGGACAAGAUCUUGUUGAGCUCGACCAUCGGCCGCAACAAGCAGUUGGUUCCUGGCGACGUGAUCUCUGCCAUCAUCAAUGGCACGGAAGAGCUCUUGACGACAUUGCGUGGUCAAGGGAUUGGCAUCCACUCGACUGGCGGCGAAACCGCCGACGUCGGCGACUUGGUCCGCACGAUCAUUGUCGAUUCGACCGUGGUGUGUCGAUUGAAGCGUAGCGACGUCAUUUCCAACCACACGAUCCAGGCGGGGGAUGUGAUUGUCGGCCUGUCGUCUUUUGGCCAAGCCACGUACGAGACCGAGUACAACGGCGGCAUGGGCAGCAACGGACUCACGUCCGCCCGCCACGACGUCUUCACCCACGCGCUGGCCACGGAAUUCCCAGAGAGUUUCGACCCCAACGUCCCCGAAGCGUUGGUCUACUCUGGCUCCAAGACCCUCACGGACGACGUACCCGGCGCGCCGUUGAACGCGGGCAAGUUGGUGCUGUCCCCCACGCGAACGUACGCGCCGAUCAUCAAGGCCAUCUUGGACCAAGUGGCCCGGGAGCACAUCCACGGGAUGGUACACUGCUCUGGGGGUGCCCAGACCAAAGUGCUGCACUUCGUUAAGGAUGUGCAUGUGAUCAAGGACAACUUGUUCGAGACGCCGCCCUUGUUUGCGCUCAUCCAGGCCGAGUCCAAGACCUCGUGGAAAGAAAUGUACCAGGUGUUCAACAUGGGCCACCGCAUGGAGCUGUACGUGUCGCCCGCCACCGCCGCGGAAAUCAUCGCCAUCUCCCACUCGUUUGGCGUCGACGCCCAAAUUGUCGGCCGGGUCGAAGCGCAUGUCGGCAAAAAGGUCACGAUCGCAUCUCGUCACGGCACAUUCGACUAUGAAUAAACAACUGUCUACUAGUACUACUACUAGUACUA